AUGGCCCCGGUAGAUGAUACCACAGCCACAGAUAUCAAUCUUCUGGCUAAAUUUUUGAGUGAUGCCCAACUGCAAGACCUAUCACCUGCAUCUGCCAAUCCGGUCGACUGUAUCGUUAUUUGCGCCUCUGCUGUACUCGAUCAAGCCACCGCCCUCUUCGCCUCAUUUACGCUGCGACCAUCACUCGCGAAGUACCUCGUCUUAUGCGGGGGCAUUGGCCAUUCGACACAAUUGCUGUAUGAGGCAGUUCGAUGUCAUGAAAGGUACUCCAAGAUCUACAAUGAAAUACAGGGACUACCAGAGGCGAGGGUUCUCGAGCGAAUAUUGGACAACUUCUUCGAUCGCGCUGCAAUAACAGCUCAAGGAUGCCGGAUUGUCAUCGAGGAUCGGUCCACAAAUUGUGGCCAAAACGCCUCUUUUACUCGAAAAGUACUCGACGAUGCAGCAGUCCAUGACAUGAAAACUUGCAUCAUCGUUCAAGAUCCUACUAUGAUGUUGAGAACGAGAGCUACUUUUGAGAGAAUCUACAAGGGUGGGCCAUGCAGCGUGUUGUUUAUCAGUUGCCCUGUACUCGUGCCACGAGUCCAGGUGGAUUCGAAUGGGUGUCUGGUCUACAGCUCAACCGUCAACUGUGCUGCUGGUCUUUGGACGCAGCAACGGUUCCUUGAACUUAUUUUGGGGGAAAUUCCCCGACUAAGGGAUGAUGAACAAGGAUAUGGCCCUCAGGGAAGAGGUUUUAUCGCGCAUGUUGAUAUACCCGCGGCGGUUGAAGAGGCUUGGCUUCGUCUGGUGAACAGUGUGGGUAAUUCAAGACAGAUACAAUAA